UAGACUUAUUUGCGUUAAACAUGGCGACUGCUGGAACGAAACUUAUUUCGCGAACUUGUAAAUUAUGUAAUUUUUUAAUUGUAAGGCGUUGUUUGACAACUAAAACACAUAUUCCUCGAUUAAAGAGUAAUGCUAAAUUAAAAGGACCAUUUUUCAACUUUUCAUUGUUAACUGGUUCUAAUAUCGAAACCACUAAAGCUAUUUUCAUUGGAACGACAUUCGGCACCGGCUGUUAUUUAUUGCGUAAUGGUUUACUUUUUGCAUAUAGUCAAGACGAUGGACGUGGCAGUGAUAACAAUGAAAGACUCUUGUUUGCUGUUAAAAAUGGUGACAACUAUGCCAUUAGAAGUCUUAUCAGCAGUGGUGUAGAUGUUAACAGGAGACAUGCAUUAGGAUGGACAGCUCUCCAUGUGGCUGCUAUUAACAAAAAUGUUCACGCUGUAGAACAGCUGAUAGCGGCCGGGGCCGACGUUAACCUAGGCGAUGAUUACAGCACCAUUAAUCAGGUGUCCCAGGAGAAACACAUGCAUGCAAUGCACGUACAUAGAAGUCGAGAGGAAGAAUUUAGUCACAGAUUACGUGCCAAUGCCAACUAUAAGGACUGCACAGCUUUACAUUAUGCUGCUCUCAUGGAUGCUGGAGAUAUUGUUAAAAUCUUGCUUGAUGCUGGAGCUGAUCCCACCAUAGAAAACAGUAAUGGUCAUAAACCAGAAAUGUAUACCACAAAACCAGAGAUAAAACAAUUAAUAGCUAACAGUGAGAAAAAGUUUAAAGCUGAGAAGGAUAAGCUGGCAGCGGAGGAGAGAAGACGAUAUCCUCUAGAACAGAGGUUGAAGGAACAUAUUAUAGGACAAGAGGGUGCCAUCAAUAUGGUCGCCUCAGCGAUCAGAAGAAAAGAGAAUGGUUGGUAUGAUGAGGACCACCCACUUGUAUUCUUGUUUCUCGGAUCCUCUGGUAUAGGUAAAACAGAACUUGCGAAACAAGUAGCAAACUACAUGCAUAAAGAUUUGAAAAAGGGAUUUAUCCGACUUGACAUGUCUGAAUACCAACAGAAACAUGAGGUAUCAAAGUUUAUUGGGUCACCACCAGGUUAUGUUGGACAUGAUGAAGGGGGACAACUCACAAAAUUGUUGAAAGAAAAUCCAAAAGCUGUUGUUUUGUUUGAUGAAGUGGACAAGGCACAUACUGAUGUCCUGACCAUUAUGUUACAACUGUUUGAUGAGGGUAGACUAACAGAUGGUAAAGGAAAAACAAUAGAAUGUAAGGAUGCCAUUUUUAUUAUGACAUCAAACUUAGCACAAGAUGAGAUAGCAGCACAUGGAUUAGAACUUCGUAAAGAAGCUGAGCAAGUCUCAAAACAGAGGAAAGCUGGAAAACUUGAUGAUUUGAACAAUGAUGAAGGUAUCACAGUUUCUCGGAGCUUUAAAGACUUCAUUGUACGACCUAUAUUGAAGAGACAUUUUCGAAGAGAUGAGUUUCUUGGCAGGAUCAAUGAAUUUGUAUACUUCUUACCGUUCUCUAGGUCAGAAUUAAGCAAACUGGUUAUCAAGGAACUCAAAUUCUGGGCAGAAAGGGCUGAGAAGAAACAUGGGAUGGAGUUAAUUUGGGAUCAUGAAGUUGUUGAUGCAUUAGCUGAUGGUUAUGAUGUACAUUAUGGGGCAAGAUCUUUGAAAUAUGAGGUUGAGAGGCGAGUUAUUAGUCAGCUUGCAAUGGCACAUGAAAGACAACUGAUCGAGCCUGGUAGUAUUGUUAAACUUACUGUGUCACAGAAGGUAGAGAAGGAUGAGUCAGCAGAGGACAGUUUAAACGAGAAAAUUACACCAAUAAAACUACAGCUUCUCAAGAAAGGGACAUUUCGCGAUUCAUUUAUAGAUAUAGACCUGUCCAAGAAAGAUAAUCCAUUCACUGCCGAGUCAUAGCAAGGCUGAAAACUGGAUUGUCUCCCAUUUGAUGGCUUAUUUGUGAUUAAGUUAAACAUGUUUUUGUUAUAAAGUUUACUUUAAACACUUUAAGAGAUCAAUGAGAAUGACAGUGCAGGAACGUUGAAUGGAAAAGUGGUGUACACUAUUGCUUGUUUUCUUAUGAUACAGUCUUAUAUUUUUGUGAAAUCUAUUG